ACUCCAGGCCGAAGAAAGGCGCCCGUCUGUCUCUCUCUCUCUCUCUGGGGAAAAUAAGAACCCUAGGCGCUGGUUUUUCUCGCUCGCCGGAAAGCGGUGCCGGAGCUCGCCGGAGUACAGUAUGUCAGCAGCGAGCGGGUUUCAGCCUUUCCCUUCCAACGCAAAGCAAGUCUUGGCGGACCUCAAGAGCCUGAAUCCCUCCCUUGUGAUAAGGGGAGGAGGGGAUUUGACCGGCGGGUUCUCCGAGAGGUCCCCUGUCCUGCUGUCGAGAACGCCGGAUUUGUUCGCUAGCGCUGGCCAGACGCUCUCUGGGGCAGUUGAUAGAGAAGCUCCUGCAAUUGGUGCGAGAGUCGGAGGGUUGGACGUUUGCGCGGCCGUCCCGGUACAGGCCGCUCUGCCUGAGAAGCCGGCAUCGGAGAUGAUGGCAGUCAACAGGCCGGAAUGGCUGCCGGCCGGGUGGACAACCGGGAUCAAGGUCCGGACCAGUGGAGCAACGGCUGGAGCGAGGGAUAAGUAUUUCUAUGACCCAGUUUCAAAUAGGCGGUUCCGAUCCAAAAAAGAGGUUUUGAGCUUUCUUCAAACUGGGAAGCUAGGAAGGUACAAACCUAAAGUGCGGAAGGAAUCAGAUGCCCAUUCGACACACUCGACAGACAAAGACCUUCCUGCUGGCUUAAACUCCAAGCGGAAAAAAUUUGAUUUUUUCAGUAGACCAGCAAAGGUUAGAUGGGUUCUUGAUGGGCCAAAUGGGUCAUGGACGCCAUUUAUUGGUGAUGAAGAGCUAUCCGAAUCGACCAAGAGGGCAUGGAUGGACGCUCUUGUACUUGAUGGAGAUGAAAUGGACGCUUUCAAAGAAUGAUAUCCGACUGGAAAGAAUUUGGAGCGCUGAAAGGGCUCUGCUGCAUUGGUGCGGUUGCAGAUAGCACAAGCUUCUUCUUUCUCAGCCUGAGAUUCUAUUGCAACAGAGCAAUAAAUUUGCACUACCGUUCUACACAAAAGUUUAUGGAUUUCCCUGCUGGAGGUCAGUUGCGAGCGUGCUGGUCUUGGCGAGAUCUUGUGAUGUCUGUCUUGCCAACAGAGAAUCAAGCAGAAGGCCUGUCAGAUUUAUUCAUGAGCAAAUAAAGGAUGACCCGGAUGGAAAAAAGCAUGUAUCCAUGGAAAGAAAAUGAGCGUGCGCUCUAUUAUGCAAUCCUGAAUUUUGCGUUUGCUACUGCUUCGAAGCUGCAUAGAAAAUUGGUAGCGGGAGUUUCAUGUGCGCGAGUUUCGCUUGGACUGCAUUGCAAAUGUCGUGGGAGACCUUGUAACACCAUUUUAAACUGAAGACAGAAGUUGUAUGACAGAAGCGUUGGAAUGGACAUUACAAUUUAUAAGAUA